UCAUAAAGGCAUCUCGCGGCUCGUCAUUGUUAUACAGCCACAAGGCGAUUAAAAUAUUGGCGGCUUGGCGCUCCUGCGACCUUCCCCAUAGGCCAUAGGAGGCCGAUCCAGUUAUCAAUUUAGCCGUUUUGGCUUUUAAUAAUCCAAUAGCCAACGAAGUUAUAAACCAUAGAGGCUCUACACCAAGACCUUGAAGGCUUGAAUUGAGCAGUUCACUGUUCUGAAACUAAUUCUGUAGCCAAUAGCUGGUUGUGCACUCUAGAUGCUUGAUGAUAUGUCUAAGUGAACUUCGGCAUCAAUAUUACAAGUUUGCGUCAGUUCAUAUCAAGAUGGGAGAAGAAAUGCCAGAAAUUGUUGCAUUUAUGAAGCUGGCAUUAGAACAGGCUAAAAUUGCAUUUGAUAAUCUUGAGGUGCCUGUGGGCUGUGUUAUUGUUAUGGAUGAGAAGGUCAUAUCAUGUGGAAGAAAUCGGACUAAUGAAACAAGAAAUGCUACAAGACACGCUGAAAUGGAAGCUAUUGAUGGUUUGCUUGAGGAAUGGAAAGAAAAGGGACUUACAAAACAUGAAGUUGUUGAGAUGUUCUCAAAAUGCUAUCUUUAUGUUACAUGUGAACCAUGUAUAAUGUGUGCAUCUGCCUUAUCAUUUAUUGGUAUAAAAGAGGUGUACUAUGGUUGUGCGAAUGAUAAAUUUGGAGGGUGUGGAUCAAUAUUAUCCUUGCAUACAAAUACAACUACAUCCGAUAGUGGUGAAGAUGUUGGGAGAAAAAGUUACAAAUGCACGGGUGGGAUAAUGGGUGAAGAAGCAGUUUCUCUUUUUAGAAACUUUUAUGAACUUGGAAACCCUAAUGCUCCAAAACCUCAUCGUCAGCCCAUUCAACAACCAUGACAUCAAAAUGGUGUUUUAGUACUUUUUAAAAAAUGCAUGUUUCUUGCAUCUUGUAACUACUAUCUGGUUAUUGUUUAAUCAAAUUGUUACAAUAAUUUGUGGCAUUAGCAACAAGUCAUCAUUGGAUUCGAAAUUGUGAAAUUUCAUAAAGAUUGAACAAAAA